GAUCAAUCCAGCAACAUGCCCAAGGCCUCGAAAAAGAAGAAGGAGAAGAAGGCUGACUUUGCCAAAAGAAAGUUGAAGGUGGGCAAGUCGAAGGCGCAGCCGGCCAAUUUCACAGAUACUUCGUUCCGGUCGAAAGCUGUUACGCUACCAACCCAAUUUACCGAUGUACAAGCCGCGAACCCUGAUGAAGCGCCUGCCUCCUCGACCCUCGACCAACAAACCCUCGAUCACCACCUCGCACUGACAAAACAUUAUUCCGCAACCAACAGAACAGCGGCCCUCACAGCCCUCACAGAUAUCCUGAAAAAACACCCACCGGGCCCCCUCCACCUCUCGCCUAUCAUCACAGCCCUCGCUCCCCUAAUUCUCGACGACGAACCCAAAGUCCGACAAGCCCUCCUAACCCUCCUCGAAUCCCUCGCGCCCAACGAAGUCACCUGGUUAACCCCCCACACCCCCCUUCUCCUCCUCUAUAUCUCUUCCGCAAUGACCCACAUCGCCCCCGGCGUCCGCGGAUACUCUACCCGAUUCCUCCACUGGCUCCUCGAAGCGAGUUCAAACGCCGUAGUGAGUGCGUGGACCCUGAAGGUCUGGACAGGGUUCGCGGGCCUGUUGGGGUGGAGCGUCCCGGGGCUGGGUGUGGAUAAUGGGAAGCGGGUUAAUAAUACAAGUGGGUUGGGGGGUAAGAUCAGCAGGGGGAGGCAUUUGAAGUGUUUGGGGGUUAUGUUGAGGAUGGGAUUACAUGUUGCGAGUGAGGGGGAGGGAGGUGCAAAGAAGGAGAGGGUGCCGAAUCGGUGUGUGCACCCGGCGUAUGCCUUACCUCGGACGACAAACCCCUACGCGCAUCUUUCCCUGUUCACACCAGCACCUACACCCUCAACCGCCGGUUCCACCUCCGGCCCCGCCGUCGUUGCAAGCCCAGAAAGUCCACACGGCCGUUACCUCAUCCUUCGUCCCUAUCUCCCCGGAAUCAUCAAAUGGCUCUCCGACUCCGCACAAGACGAUGAUAGAGAGCUGAAGGCAGGGGUGAGGGAGAUUGCGGGUGUGCUGAAUGGCGUGAUUAAUCGGGAGGAGGUUGCGGAGGAGGAGGGUGGGAAUGGUGAUGGGCUGAGGAGUGAGUGGGAGUUUGCGAAGGGGAGGAUUUGGGGGAAUGUCUAAGAGAUCGUACAGAUCGUGGAGAUGAGAAGAGGGUUGUCGGACUAUUGCGGGACGCUUGAGCACCUGAUGAUCCAGAAGAGUAGGAGACCAUGCUAUAGGGAAGAACGAGCAAAUAACGAGAAUAGACCAU